AUGAAGAUGAACAUUGGAAAUCUUAGCCAUGAGGCUGACUCUGAUGGUGAUGAUUUUGCUGCCAUUUUUGUUGACUAUUUCUCCCCUCUUGCCAAUGAAAAAAAUCCAAGUGAAUCUGUUUCUCCUGAAGGAACUCCCAGAGAUGCUGCUGUCUUUGGCCAAAGCACUGAAGCGGUUGAUGAAUCUCCUAAUCCAUCAAUCAAUCCAACUAUUGAUAUUCCCAACAACCUUGCUGGUCUUUACCAAGCUUUGUUUCAGCAACUUUUGGAAUUCAUGUCUCUUGGUACUCUUAUGGCUUUGAACCCCGGUUUGAUGCCUGCCAGAAUGAUACCCAUUCCAAGUACUUUAUUCAACAACACCCCCAAUCCUCCCAACAAGACGAUGCAUAAGCAGUCCCCUUUCUAUACAAGUGCCCAUCCAACCACAACCCGCCCCCCUUCUAGUAGCCCGGAAGCUUAUGCUUCAGAGCAGCCAUCAUCAGCUAAUGCUUCUCCUACAAAAGGGUUGACUAGUACACCAACAAACAUUGAUAUGCAGUGGCCUCAGGGAGACGUUUGCUACUCAGUUGGAACUGAUGAUUUUCAGCUUGGUUGGGCAUUCCAGACAAUCAAUGCCUACACUAUCAUGGAUGGAGGACGUCGGGUUAUCCGAAAGUGCAUGGGUUUGGCUAAGUGCAAGUCUUGCUCUUUUGUUGCUAGGCCAAUUAAUCCCGAGACCAAGAAAGCAGAUGAGUUGCCAAAGCUUCCAAAGUAUACCUGUCCCAAGCACCCCAAAGAGUUGUUACAGUGGAUUCCCUGCACUGGAGGUUCAGGCAAGCAUACCGGCCAGCCAUGCAGGGUACAUGCCACACAUUACCCCAAAUCAGGUGUGGUAGUUGUUCAGCAUUUCGGAACACAUCAACAUCUGAAACCAGUUACUAAGAAACCCACUCCGGCAGCUAUGAAGAAGUUGACUGAAAUUGUCACAAUGCACCCAACUAUUGGAGCUUCCAAAUUGAAGUAUGGUCAUGUAGGUACUAACCUGGAACCAAUCACCAAACUUGAUCCAACAUUCAACAACACUGAUUUCGUCAACUACCUGCGGAAAAAGAUUGUGAAACAAACUGGUGCCGAUGGUAUUCAGUCAAGCUGGCCAGCUCUUUUGCAGUUCCAGAAAGAUUCUUGUCGUGGGGGAUCAUUUAUCAUCCACACUGAUCUCCGACCAGAGUGUGCAAUUAUCAUUAUGCAAAAUGAUUAUAUGCGACAAGUCUUGCAUGAAUCUCCAACAGCUUGUCAAACUGAUACCAUUGAAGGUGAAAUCAUUGACCCAGAGUUUAAAGGAACCAUCAAUCUACACAUGACCAGCAAGUUUGAUAUCAUUGCUGGCU